UCUCAACUAUGCAAUACAAGUUUUCUAGGUUCUCUCCUUCUCUUCUCCAAUUACAGUUGGUUUGCAGAUCAAAAUGAGAAGCUUAAUGAAGCUGGGGCAAUGGCCUCUUCUUGCAUUUGCUUUGGUAAUUUGCUUAGCAGCCAGCACUGUUUUUGCUGACUACUCUUAUGGGUAUACUUCUCCCUCUACAUCUAAGUAUGCUGUACCCACCAUUCCUUACUACAAGAAACCAGAAAAAUCUGCUGAAAACUACAAAUUGCCUGUACUUUCAAAGCACGACUAUUACAAGUCGCCAUCACCAGUAAAAUAUUACAAAUCUCCUUCACCGGUGAAAUAUUACAAGUCGUCUGCUCCUUCGAAGCAAUACUAUAAGUCACCUUCUCCUUCAAAGCAAUACUACAAGUCGCUAUCGCCGGUAAAAUAUUACAAAUCACCAUCGCCAGUUAAGUAUUACAAGGCACCAUCGCUAGUAAAGUACUACAAGUCUCCAACCCCUUCAAAGCAAUACUACAAGUCACCAUCGCCAGUAAAGUACUACAAGUCAUCAUCGCCGGUUAAGUACUACAAGUCUCCUGCUCCUUCAAAGCAAUACUACAAGUCGCCAACCCCUUCAAAGCAAUACUACAAGUCACCAUCGCCAGUAAAGUACUACAAGUCAUCAUCGCCGGUUAAGUACAAGUCUCCUGCUCCUUCAAAGCAAUACUACAAGUCACCAUCGCCGGUUAAGUACUACAAGUCGCCUGCUCCUUUAAAGCACUACUACAAGUCACCAUCGUCAGUAAAGUACUACAAGUCACCAUCGCCGGUUAAGUACUACAAGUCACCUACUCCUUCAAAGUACUACUACAAGUCACCAUCGCCAGUAAAGUACUACAAGUCACCAUCCCCAACAAAAUAUUAUAAAUCGCCUGCUCCUAAAUACUACAACUCACCGCCACCAACAAAAUAUUAUAAGUCACCAGUUUAUUACAAGUCUCCACCACCACCAACUUAUUAUGGAAAAUCACCUUCAUACUACAAAUCACCUCCACCUCCUCCUAAAUACUAUGAAAAAACACCUUCAUCCUACAAGUCACCUCCACCUCCUCCAAAAUACUAUGACCAGUCAACUCCACCUCCACCAAAAUACUACGAGCAAUCAUCAUCUUCUUACAAAUCUCCACCACCUCCACCAAAAUACAAUGAGCAACCAUCUUCAUACUACUCUUCACCGCCACCACCAUCACCAAAAUACUACGAGCAAUCACCAAUUAACUAUAAAUCUCCACCUCCACCUUAUUAUGAAUCACCACCACCUCCACCAAAGACCUAUAAACAAUCGCCAUCAUACUACUCACCUCCACUUCCAACAAACUAUGUUAAACAAAUUUCCAACUUUGCCUCACCUCCACCGCCUAAAAAGUACGAGCAAUCUGCCACCUAUGCUUCACCUCCACCCCCACCAACCUACUACUAAUAUUCAAGUCGUUCACUUCCAUAAUUUUCCACAACUUCCUUGACGAUUAACUCAUUUUCAUCCUCCUAUUUGGAGCAAUUCCAUUGCCUCUGCCAACUUUUUUUUGUAUGCUUCCCGAAAUGAUCGACGUUGCUUGCUUUGUGUUCUUGUCUUGUAAUAAUAUGUAACUGUAUUAUUUGAGAUUUAAGUAAGAUGCUUGAGAUCUCCAUCUGUUUGGCUCGUUGAAUCAAAAGAUUCUUUUGGUGUAUUUCUUGAGAAUUAUAUUAAAGCUUACUACUCUCUUUUUCUUUGUCUAA